CAAUUUUACAAUCGCAUUUAGACCGGUCAGACUUGUUCGAAAAAUAACUCAGAUCGGAGAACUGCAUAGUACUUAACCGCAAGCUGCAAUAUAUAGAACUCAAUUUAUAUAAAUUAGUGGACCAAUUUCGCAUACUUUUUCAGUUUUCAUUUGACCCCCCCCGAGAGAUAUUCUUAUCACUGCAACGUAACUAUGUAUAAUCCCAAAAGCACUGACCUGGAGCGCGAUUACUUUCCCAGCUAUCACACCAUACGGUUCCAAGAUCAGCCCGCACCCAAUCUGGCCGUGCAAGAUCAUUUCAUAGAGCUGACAGUGAAACAGGGUAAAGAGCUGACUGCCAAGCAGGGAAUUAAAGUUGAACAUUUACGUUAUGGCGGCCAAGACGAUCGUCAAAUCGUGGAUGUCUUUUACAACGAUUCCAGCAGCGAUUCGGCUCCCCUCUUUGUGUAUGUCCAUGGGGGCUACUGGCAAAUGCUGGACAUAACCCAGUCCUGCUCCAUUGUCGGUCCGCUGGUGCGUCGUGGCUACCGGGUGGCUGUCAUGGACUACAAUCUGUGCCCACAGGUGACCCUGCAGCAGCUGAUGCUAGAGUUUACCAAUUUUCUGAACUGGACCUUCGAAUAUGCCGAGAAAUCAAAGACCACAGAGAUACAUUUCGCUGGGCAUUCGGCGGGCGGACACAUGCUGGCACAGAUCCUAAACGCCCCAGCAGUGGUAACUCCCGAGAGACGUGCUAUUAUCCGCUCGCUGAUCUUUAUGUGUGGUGUCUACGAUCUACGCGAGCUGUGGUCCCUGGAGAAUGUGAAUCCCGAUAAUAUUCUCGGGCUAAACGCAGACAAGGCCGUGGCACUGUCGCCCAUUUUGUGGACUUAUACGGAUGCCAAGUCCUGGAGUUCCAUUCAAUUCCAUGUGAUGGCCGCAGAGCACGAAAGCGUGACAUUCAUCGAGCAAAGUCGCGUAUUUGGGCAGGUUUUGGAGAGUGCCGGAUUUCCCACAAGUUUCAAGGUGAUGCAGGGAUACGAUCACUUUGAUAUUAUCGAGCAAACGGCCAUCGAUGACUCGCCUAUAGCCAAGUAUCUGCAGGAGAUUCUUCAACUUUAAACGCGACUCAGAUUACUCUCAAUAAUUGUUUCUUUGUGUUUUUGCAAAACAAUCUUAGCUUAAUAGUAAUGCUUAAUGUUCUCUCGUAAAUAUUUACAGUUUGUUGUUGAUUUUGUGUGGCUGCGCGUUGCAUAUACCCUCGCCCAAGGGGGGGAACACACAAUUACAAU